AUGGAAGUUAUGAAAAAGGAGAUUAUCAAAUUACUUGACUGUGGAGUAAUUUAUCCUAUCUCGGAUAACCGUUGGGUUUCACCAGUUCAAGUUGUGCCAAAGAAAUCUAGAGUGACGGUGAUGAAGAAUGCCAAGAAUGAGCUUGUGCCAACAUCAUUGAAGUAUUUACUCACUAAGAAGGAGGCCAAACCAAGGCUUAUUCGAUGGAUGCUUCUACUUGAAGAGUUCGAUAUCAAAAUCCGGGCCAAGAAAGGGAGUGAAAACGUGGUGGCUAACCACUUGAGCCGUAUGGUGCAUGAAGAAGAUGCCGUGCCUAUCCCAGAGACAUUCCCAAAUGAGCAGCUACUAUCCAUCGAGGUAAGUGAGCCAUGUGAUGGAGGUUCCCAUUUUUGCAAUCAAACCAUUGAAGCAUUGCUCAAGAAAUAUAACGUCACAUAUAAGGUGGCCACACCUUAUCAUCCUCAAACAAGUGGGCAAGCCGAGGUUUCUAAUCGGGAAAUCAAGCAGAUUUUGGAAAAGACCGUUGGGCCAAACCGGAAAGAUUGGAGCUUGCAUUUGAAUGAUGCAUUGUGGGCAUAUCGUACGACCUACAAAACACCAAUUGCAAUGUCCCCAUUUCGGCUCAUCUAUGGGAAACCAUGUCAUCUUCCCGUUGAAUUGGAGCACAAAGCACAUUGGGCCGUCAAAACCUUCAAUAUGGACAUUGAUGCCACUGGAAUCCAUAGGAAGCUUCAAUUGAAUGAGCUUGAGGAGAUAAGGCAUGAAGCGUACGAGAACGCUUUUAUUUACAAGGAGAAGGCAAAGGCAUUCCAUGAUAAGAUGAUUCAUAGCAAGGCAUUUGUUCUAGGGCAGAAAGUGCUACUCUUCAAUUCCCGCCUACGCUUGUUUCCAGGUAAGUUACGUUCUAAAUGGAUUGGCCUGUUUGUUGUUACUAAUGUAUUUCCUUAUGGUGUAGUCCAAAUUCAAAGUUUAAAGACCGGGCAAGAGUUCAAAGUGAACGGACAUUGUUUGAAGCCAUACUAUGAGAACUUUGAAGGGCAUGUCGUGGAUGGUGCAAGUUUCCAUGCCGUGGGCCCCAAUGAAGCUUAA